UUCUCCUGUGGACACACAGAGACACAGAGUGAGAGACACACAGAGUGAGAGACAGGUGGACAGAUGGAGGCCGUCCCGCGGAUGCCGAUGAUCUGGUUGGAGCUGAAAGAGGCGGGAGAUUUUCACUGCGGCUCGCGAGCGGCUCAGUACAUUAAGAAAAACUAUGCAGAACGUCCAGAGAACUACACCGAGGCUCUGAGGAAACUCGAUCAUCUCCGUCAGCGUGCUGUGAGUGUCACGAGGGACUUUGAGGGCUGCAACAGACUGAGAAAGUACUUUGGACAGCUGUACUUCCUGCAGAGUCGUGUUCCCAUGGCGAAGGGACAGGAAGCAGCUGCGCCGGUGACAUGGAUCGACAUCUUUACAGGAAAGCAAGUUACUCAUAAUGACAUCUGUUAUGAACAGGCCUGUGUUCUUUAUAACCUCGGUGCUUUACACUCCUAUCUGGGAACCAUGGAUAACAGAGUUUCUGAUGAAGGGAUGAAGACCUCCUGCACCCAUUUCCAGAGCGCUGCAGGUGCAUUCACACACAUCAGAGAUUAUUACAGCUCCACCUACAGCGCGGACCUCAGCCACCAGGCUCUGUCUAUUAACAUCAGUCUAAUGCUGGGUCAGGCUCAGGAGUGUGUCCUGGAGAAAACCCUGCUGGAUCACAGAAAGAGCUUAGUGAUCGCACGCAUCUCUGCCCAGGUGUGUGUGUUCUACAGGGAGUGUGUGCAUGUGUUGGAGAGUUCAGACUGUGUGUCGGGGAAGAAGGAGUGGAAGAAACUCCUCUGGAUGAAAAUCAGCUACUUCAGUGCAGUUACACACUUCCACAUGGGCCAGCACUGUGAGGAGCAGGAGAAGCGUGGACAAGCGGUGGCGUACUUCCAAAGCGCUCUGGGGAAGCUAAAUGAAGCUAUCAAGCUAAGCAAGGGUCAGCCGGACUCCGUACAGCGAGCACUGCGGUUCACCAUGGACGUCAUCGGGGGAAAGUUUAACUCGGCUAAGAAGGACAACGACUUUAUCUACCACGAGUCAGUUCCAGGUCUCGACACGCUCCCUGCAGUGAAAGGUACUCCUCUGGUAAAGCCCGUCCCGAUCACCCCGACUGACCCCAGCAUCACCGGCCCCGACCUCUUCUCCACCCUGGUUCCUCUCGCGGCUCACGAGGCUUCGUCAGUCUACAGUGAAGAGAAGGCCAAGCUGCUUCGUGAAGUCACGGCAAAGAUUGAAGAGAAGAACCAGAUCUUGGAAAGCUUCAUGGCGUCUCUAAACUGUGAGUCGAUGGAUGUGGAGAUGUUCAGCUCCGUUCCCGCGGUGCUGCUGGAGAAAUGUGCAGCACUCAGUGUUCAACCAGACGCAGUGCAGAGAUUAGUGCAGGCCAUGCAGGCUUUAUCAGGUUCGUACACUGACGUGGGCUAUUGCCUGGGGGAUGUGUGUAAUGCACUGGAGGAGGACGGGUCGUCUCCCAGGCCUGCUGAACUAAUGCAACUCCACGAUGAGUUCAGAAAGUACGAGAGCAUCCAUCAGGAGGCAAGCCAAACCAACAUCGAGCUGCACCAGGCCAUGACCCAGCACAUCCCCAACCUGCGCCUGCUGCAGGGCCCGCGGGACGAGCUGAGGAAGAGCCUGCCUCAGCUACAACUCAGUCAGGAUGACAUGUCCUCCUUAGAGACGUUGAAGCGGCUCUGUGGGAAAGUGGAUGAGAUGCGCAAGCAGAGGACCUCGCUCGAGAAAGAGCUUCGUGAGCUCAUUCAGAAGGACGACCUCACACUUACUCUGGUGACCACUGAGCGGUCUGAGAGAAAGGUCUUGAUUAAGGAUCAGAUGCAGAAAUACGACCAGUUAAAGGGAUACAUCGAUCAGAACCUUGCGGCCCAGGAUAACAUUAUUAAAGCCUUGACUGAGGCUAGCGUGGCGUGCGCCCCCACCCGAAAAACCCUCAGCGUCACACAGCAGCAAUGGAACAGCUACGUGCAGUCCAUGGUAACUUCGUACGAAGCAUAUGAGGACCUGGUGAAAAAGGCUGAGGAUGGGAAAAGCCUGUAUCAGGACAUGGAAAAGAAGAUCUCCAGCAUUCUGGACAAAGUCAAGAGCAUGCAGCAGAGCAGAAAGGAGGGGAGAAGUUCCACGAUGGAAAGCACCAAGGACACAGCAAAUGAUCCUCCUGUACCGGCUCCUCGAAAGUCCAAGUCUGACAACCAAAUCCCAGUUCCUCAGUCUCCUUCUGUUUCUUCAGGGCAGGAUGUACCCCAGGGCCUGCCCCCGGCUAUGCCUUUGGCUAGAGGUCCACCACUCCCUUACGUUGGUCCCCGUGAACCAACCCCUCUUACUUGGCCUCCAGGAGCAGCCAGUGCUCCAUUUUUAAACCAGAGAAUGCAACAUUUGGCACCUGCCAAUCAACCCCCUUAUGGCCGAGUUUCAGAAGUCCCGCAACCAAUGGUACUUCCGCAGCCUUCUUCAGGAUAUGUUGUACCUCAACAUUUCCAGCCUGGUCCAUCCAGUGGCAUCACACCAGUUAAUCAAAAUACUUCAGAAAUGCCUCAUCAAGGAUAUAUCCCUUCACCCUGGCAGAACUACCCAGGUGUACCCUUUCCUAAUGUUUCAGCAAAUUAUACUAUACCUCCUGAGAUGGGACAAUCUUCUGCCAGGCCAGGUCUGCCUGGACAUGUCCCCAUGUAUGGUCCACAGGAUCAACAUAUGCCCUCGAGCAUGGCCAAAUCUUCAUCAGCUCAACAAGUGACUCCAGGAACACAGUACCAAGGUUUUCCCCAACACCCUGGCCAUCCCAUACUCUCUCAGGCAACUGCCCUUUUUGGGCAAAGCCAGCCUCCUGGACAGUUCCAGGCUCCUGUUCCACCUCAGAGCCAGUCUCAGGCACUCCCAACUCCAGCUUAUUGGUCGACUUUUGGCGCACACUCCCAGACCCAGCCUGGCUUCCCAGUUCAGCCUCAAGCCCAUAUGGGUCAUGUUAUUCCCUCAAUUCCAUCGACCCAACCUCAGCAAAUCCCUGGGUCACUCCAGAAUGCCAACCUGUGUUUUCAGGGAGGAACAUCUCACAACCAGGGGCAGCCCCUACCUGCCCCAAACGUGUUUCAGCAACCACCUGCUCACUUUAGUCCCAUGUUUCAGGCUGGGAAUCCCAUUCAAAAUCAAAACCAAAAUAUUCCACCUCAGAAUAACUCAUCACUUGGACCAGUGACUGUCCCAGUGAUGGACAACCCAAAUCCCCCUGCACUUACUAGUAUGCUCACACCUUCCCCAGCUCACCCCUCACCCUCCAAUCAGACGUCUGUUCAAGACGAAAUGAGCAAACUCAGCAUUGAACCUUCCCAGGGAGGAGCUUCUGAUAGUCAAGUCAAAUAAAGGUCUUCAGUCUGAAGCUAAUAGUAACCAGUCUGGAUUGUGGGAAGAAAUUAGUGAGUCAAAGAUUCGGACACCCUCAGCGUGAUGGAACCCAAGAUUUAUGAAAGUUCUUUUGAGUCUGUAUAUUUUGAGUAAUAUUCUGUAUUAUAAUCAUUAAAUUUAAUUAAUACUACACCUAUUAAGAAAAAUUACUAGCAUUGUAACUCAGUCUACUUUUAUAAAACCUAUAAAUAAAAGUUGUAUCUACAUUAAAGUCUUCAGAAAGAACCUGUGUGAGUGUGCGUAAGUGCAGGCUUUCCUUCCAACCAAGUUGAAGCCUGAUAUGUUGAAACCCAAAAAGAACUAAUUAAACAGGUGGAAUCAGGUGUGGCUUCUGCUUGGGUGGAAAGAAAACCUGCACACACACACAGGCUUUCUGCAGAAGAAUUUAUAUCUCUUCUCUACAUGAAACAUAAAUAAACUGCACUGUUUCUGUUCUGUAUGUGAUGUCUCACUCUUGAGCGUUUCUAACUGCACUGUGUAUCCCUCAUACUAGUUUCAUAUUAAUUAACACCAAUAUUAACUAUAACAUUAAUAUUAAUGAACACUUCUGAUAUAUCUAAAUAUUUCUGUCUGUUAAUUUCUCUGAACGUUAUUUGUACAUGGGUGGAUUUAAUAAAGUGUAAGAUAUUUAUAAGGAAUGAGCUUGUUGCACUGUCCACACACACACACACACACACACACACACAUACGCACAUGGAGAUUUAAGGAAAUCACCACACUGCCCUUACACUGGCACAGAAAAGCAUGUGUGUGUUUGGCUUUUCACUGGGCUUACUGGAGCUCAUUGGAUUUGAUCAGUGCACUUCACUGACUUCAGCCAGAAAGACAAAUAGAAGAGAUUUACACACACACACACACACACUUCUACACAUCCUCCAUGCAGCUGGAAAAAAGGAGCCACUUUAGUGUAAAUUAAGAAAGAAAUCAUUGUUAAAUAAGUUAGGUGAGGUUUAAUGUCUAUUUUCUUUCAUAUUUUACCUUAUUUACAUGUCUUUUCUAAAUGUUUUGAUUGUGUUUAUAUUAAAAAAUAUGAUUAUAGUGUUGAAAAUUGGUAAUAUUUUUUGAUGGCUGCAACGGAUUAUCUGUAUUUCCAUUAUUUCCUAUGGGAUAAUGUGUUUCACAAUACAACAUUUCACCUUAUGAACUUGCCUCCGGGACGGAUUAAACUCGUAUGCUCUGGUACCGCUAUACUCAGGUUAUUGUCGUGUAAUAUUUUAUUUUGUUUACUGAUCGGAAUUAUUUAAAUGUGACAAAUAUGCAAAAAAAAUAAAAAAUAAUUUCACAUCAUUAUGCAGCACAGUGUCAUCUGUUUGGUGCGUUUCCCCUGGAUAGGCUGACUUGUAUUUUCAUAUUGCCCAUAGUGUGUGACUGUGUGUGUGCCCAGCAUUCAGUUGCCACCUCAUCCAGGGUGUACCUUGUGACCAAAUUCCUCUGAUAAUGGCUCCAG